UGAGAGGAAAGCUACAGAAGAGGAGAGCAGGGACUGCAGAGAGACCACAACACUUCAGGAGUAAUGCUUUUUUUUUUUAGUAAUGAAGUUUGACAGUGUUCCAGUUUUCACCGCACUGACACCCAAAAGGAUUUUUCUACUUGUGAGAUCAUCUCUGACGACGUGAUCCGACACUCAUCUACCUCAGCAGCUCCUGUCAGGAACCUGUGAAUCAGAUUCCAGCCAGCACUCUACCUCUCACAUCACCCCUCCAACAUGAGUGAUGACAGGGAGAGACACAGCCACGGAGCCAGGCAGGCUCAAAAUGUUAAACCCAAGUUCAGCCAGAAAGAGAGGAACAGCAAGGAGGACAUGUUGAGGAGGGAGAAGCCUGCAAAAGUGAGGAGGUCGAGGAGCACCGACUCGGAGAGGGCGGAAAGAGGCAGGAGGCGAGAACGAGACAGGCACCAGGGGGAGAGGAGGGAGCGGGGAAGGAGCGAGGAGGCCCGGAGGCUAGACAGGAAAGAUGGGGAGAGCGACAGGAGGAAGGUGAAGGCCCCUGAAGAUGACGUGGAGGAAACAGAGUGCGCUGUGUGUUUCUGCUCAUACGAUAACAUCUUCAAGACCCCAAAGCUGCUGGCGUGCGGGCACACCUUCUGCCUGGAGUGCCUCGCUCGCAUCAACGUGACCUCCCCUGAGCUCAAGACCCUGUGCUGCCCCGUAUGUCGUGAGCUGACCAACCUCCCCCACGGCCAGGACCUGCCUCGCCUCGGCAACAAUCAGGACAUCAUAGGCAAACUGCCACCGGACAUGCAGAGAGCACUGUCCAUCCGCUUCAAGCGCAGCAAGGGCAAACUGCUCCUGAAGAACCCACCUCCCACCAGCCCGACCAAGUCUAAUAUCCUCACCCUGCCCCAAAAGAGCCAGGAGGCCCAGAUGACGGCAGGUGGUGACCUCAAUAUGGCUGCACUGGAGCAGGGAAUACCCCCAGCCACUGUGGUGGAUGUAGGCAGGCCUCCAAACAGGGUCAGAGGUCGCCUGCGCAGGUUGUUCCGCUCAGACCAGUGCUACUACGUCGUGGUGGCGUCCAUCAUCACCAUCACAGUGGCGCUCAUGCUGGUGGGGAUUCUGGCAUUUGUUAUCAUACCGAAUGUGGUUGUUCACCGGAGGCCUGUUCCUCCAGGGAACAUAACGUCACAAGGCACACCAGGUGCAUUCACUCCAGAGACUAGACCCUGAGUGGAGGGUCAGGGGUGGACUAUUUGUAGAGAUGAGACUCAAGUGGAGCGAGAGAAUAUCAUCGUGACUCUCAGUGAUGCUUUUGCCUCCUUUUGUCCUCUUGGUGAAGGAAAAACUAAGCACUGGGACACAUUCAGUCCGGUUCGCAGUGCGGUGAAGUGAAGUGAAGAAAUGAAGGGAAACAAGGGCAGCGACAUUUCUUUAAAGGAAGGACACACAGGCUCAAAGAUGCACGUGGGGAAUAAACAGGGAAAACUUGUUUUCUCUGAACAUGCUUGUGAUUACUGUGAAAGCCAGAAGCACUGUGCGUGUUUAGAAUCUGUCCAUAACGAAUAAUAAGCUGUAAAUGUUGAAAUGCACUAAACUCUGAUGAAAGGACUUGAGUAUCAUUUGAUUUCAUCAGGUUGACUUCUGUAACCAGUUCAGGGUUUCUAGUUCUUACUGCUUUUGUUUAUAGACCAACUGUUUGUACAUAGCCAUAGAUGAUUUAUAUAUUUGUAUAUAUUUUCACGCCUAAGAAUAGACUUUAAUCCAAAUUUUAUCAUCAAAUAAAACAUUUUAUUUAGACAUUUAAA